GACGCAGGGGCGGCGCCGCACCACUCAGAGAACGGCGCGGGCGGCGGCGGCAAUGGGGGCGGCGGGGAGGAGCGUGUUUUGGCGCUGGCGCUGGCGCAGUUGGAAGAGGAGGUCGCGGCGGAGGACCCCUGGAACGGAGAUCUGACCGUCCGGCUUCUGGACAUGCCUUUCGUGGACCAGAUCGCAGACGCAGCGGAGAUCUCCGCGUGGCAGGUGUAG